GCGGGAAAGAACGAGCCUUGCGCCAAGACCUUUAUUGUUGCUGGUGAGCUGGCGAGAGAAGCACCGUCAUAGUUUUGAGCAACAUACCUUCUGUUUCACAUGAAAACACGCUACAUUACAGAAGCCAUGGCAGGAGUUCUCCCUAUUAUAUUAAGCAUUUGCGCCAUCAGCCGUGGUAUUGCCAUGGGCGCAAGGGAAACCGGUUCGACCGGAGGAGAAAGUUUACCGUUGGUCGCACAGCAAACCUGCAACUGUAGCCAGUCAACCUUGAUUUCCUUUGAAUGCCUCUGCCUGGACCUGUCUAGCCUGGCCCACGGGCAGGACCGUAUAUUCCUGUCUAAACAUCUUUCUGAUACUCCAGAGAUCAUUGAUUUUGUUGUGAGGUGCAAACGCAAAUCAUCAACAAAUACCAGUGGGCUGUUCGACUUCCUCCCCACAUCUGUAAAGAAACUGAAGCUCGCUGGUUGUUUCCAGCAGCAUGUAGGGAAGAACGUUUUCUACAGCAUCUCCGAAGUAGAGGAAGUGGCAAUCGAGAACUUUCCACCUGAUGAACUAGAAUUCUGUGGGAACUAUCUAGACGUCAUCAACAAAUCUUUCCCACCGGUGGAACUUGACCCUGAGCUAUUUCUGUCCAUGCCACAAGUACAAAAGCUCACGCUGGCCUUUUUAUCCCUCGAUAGGUUCCCCAAAGCGCUCUAUCAGGACGUCAAUGGUACAUACCCCUUACCAAACCUGAAGAGUCUUACUCUUACAGGCAACAAAAUUCCGGACCUAAAACCAGAAUACUUACAACACCUGACAAAGUUGAGAUCACUCAAUAUCGAAGCUAAUACUAUUUCAAACUUAUCAACAACAUUUCCAUUCUUACCUAGCUUACAGGUGUUGAACGUAGGUACCAACCGAAUCAGAUCUUUGGUCGGUUCACCCUUUGAAAACCUCCGUAAUCUAAAGUCGUUAGAUCUGUAUCAACAGCUCUCAUCAGACAAGGACAGUUCCAAACACCAGUCUUUCGAUAACCACGGUUUAGGCGCCAUGGAGUUUAUUUUCCCUACUUCUUUUCUUGGACUCUCAAAACUGAAAUCUCUUCACUUGACAGUGAGCAAUAUUCGGUCUAUUCCAAAUAACGCAUUUAGGGAUUUGGUGGACCUUGAACGAUUAAACCUGUGCGACGGGCUUAUAGAAUAUAUCGGGGCGUCAGGAUUUCAAGGCUUGAGUCUCUUACAGUCUUUGGACUUAAGUUAUAACAACCUAAGUGCCAUUGAUCCUUCGGUUUUUAGUAGUCUGAAUUCAGUUCGCUUUCUUUAUCUACAAGGCAAUUCUCUUCGCUCUCUCUCUGGAGCAACAUUUGAAAACAUGCCUUAUUUGUCAUGCUUGAACUUGGGGAAGAACCGUUUGACAACAUUAACACGUGACAUAUUCAGUCCGCUACUGAACUUGCGAAAGUUAUACGUUCACGGAAAUGAGCUAGUCAGUGUUGAGGAGGUGUUUUCCGGCAUUACGUCUGAGUUUUGCGGAAUAAUUGACCUAUCCUACAACAAUGUGGAGACAUUGGACAUCUCUUCGUUGCAAAUUCUUGGUAACGUUGACAGAACUGUACAUGUGGACUUAUCCCACAACAAAUUGCGAGUUCUUCACGUCACAGAAUCGUACGGUUCAGCAGACAUGGGGUUCCUGGCCGUAAGACUGGAUCUAAGGUGGAACAAAUUUACUUCGUUACCGUUUGAGCUAGCAAAAUACUGGUCUUUCAGUAGAUCAAUGAUCUCGAUUCCAAGCGUUUUUGGUCGUAAUAAUGGCGACAUCUCCCUCCAGAUGGUUCACAAUCCACUAACAUGUGACUGUGGGCUUUACGACCUGAUCUUAAACUUGGAUGUCGCAAAAGGAGGCGUCCUCUACUCAAAGACUGACUUCCAAUACAUGGAAUGCACAUUUCCCGACACGAUGACUGGUAGAAGGGUUGAAGAGAUCAGCCCUUCUGGGUUGUGGUGCUCGCACGAGUGCUACAACCGACUGUACUAUUGUCUUUGCUUCGAGCGUGCAGGGGAGCUCCUUAGGUCAUCGGCACCCGAGUGUGAGUUUGAACGAAAUGAAGCCUGUCCAUCAGAAUGUUCGUGUUCGUUCCAAGGACAGCUACAUUCUUCUACAUCUCCUUACAAUGAGUUGGUGAACUGUUCUUGGAGAAACUUGACUUCUGUCCCAGAUGACAUUUCCAACGCCACAACAAUCCUUCAUUUGGAAGGAAAUCAGCUAAGAGUCAUCAACCGAACUGUUCUUCCCAAACUUUCGAUGACACGAGAACUAUACCUAAAUGACAAUAACAUUACACAUGUCGGCGAUAUGUCAUUCGACAACUUCACCUCGCUUGAAAUCCUUCGACUCGACGGAAACAACAUCCCUGAGAUAAACAGCGCAGCUUUCAAGUCCCUCUCUCGUCUCCGAGAACUUUACCUAAACAAUUCCGGUGUGAAAUAUGUAGAAGCUGAUACGUUUCAGAACCUUGCAAAUUUACGGGAACUACAAUUGGAGAACAACAAGCUAAAGUCUAUCCCCGAAAACAUGUUUUCUGGUUUGAAGAAGCUGACGUUACUCGGCAUUCGUGGCAAUCCGCUGACCUGCGGCUGCGAUGUUCUGUGGUUCGCGAACUGGCUGCGGAGUAGAGUCUACCUUCUGUCACAAGGACGUAACGUCAGCUGCGUAGCAAGUGCAAAAGUAUCCCGGGAGAUUUUGAGUUUGUCUGUGGCAGAGUUUGACUGCGAGGACCUACAGGCAGCUCAAGCAAGAACCAGACUCAUCAUUGGUCUGUCGAUUCCGCUGGUUCUUGUGACGAUCCUUUUCUUUUGCGUGAUUGUCGUCGUGAAGCAAAAGGAAGCCAUCCAAGUGUACCUGUACGCCAGGUACGGAUGGAGGUUCAGGGAAGAAGAUGACGAAGACAAGGAGUACGACGCCUUUUUAUCAUACAGUCAACACGACUUAGACGUGGUGCUGCAAGACGUCUUGCCCGCCCUUGAGAACAGGGAGCCGCCGUUUCGCGUCUGCUUGCACCAUCGCGAUUUUCUCCCGGGCAUCCCAAUCGCCGAGAACAUCUUAAACGCCGUCAGUGCCAGCAAGAGAACCAUCAUUCUUCUGUCCAACAACUUCUUAGAAAGCGACUGGUGUCAGCUGGAGUUCCAGGCCGCGCACGCGCAGAUGCUACAGGACAGGGCUAAUCGCGUGAUCGUGAUUCUACUGGACGACAUCCCCGCCGAAAACGCCCCUGCGGACAUCCAGCAUUACCUGAAGACCAACACGUACCUGAAGUGGGGGGACGAACGUUUCUGGGAACGGCUGAUUUACGCCAUGCCGCGACCCAGGCCGCAUGCGCAAAACGAGGACGGAGAUCGGCUGGCCCUGGUCGAGCUGGACCACAAUGCUUUCCUUAUGGACCCCACCAGGCAUCUGUAACUACAUUAUAGUACAUGACUUAGCAUAUCAUUAUGUCUUCACCAUACUAAUUACAGUAUAUGUAAAUAACUGUAACAGUUAUAGUUUUUAUAUACUGCGUGUCACGUAAACAUACAUUUAUAAUACAUGUAUGUCCUUAUUAUAGAUACACAUGUACAAUAGGAAAUACGAUAUUCAGACUAAUAGUCAGUGCAGGAAGUCUUACACCCUUAUUACAACUUUUAUUUUUUAGGUAGAAUUACGGUAUACCCACCACUUUUUGCACGUAGCUUUUCCAAAAGGUUGUACAUGAUUCUAUUAAAAUGUAAAUAAGAUAUGAGGUUGUGAAACUGUAGUUUAGUAUGAAGUGAUUGUAACAAGUGCAGAUAUAGGUUAUA